GGGAAAUUGCGUCGUGCUCCUUCUGUUAUAGGGAGCUCCUCGGUGGAAUCUCACGUUCGGAACGAUCGCGAAGAAGACGGUAUAAGAAUCCGGUUGAUAUGUGUCUACACUCUUGAGUUCCGGGGAAGAGUAGAAAGAAGAAGAAGAAGAAUUAGAAGAAGCGACGAGGAGGAGUAUGUAGAAACGGAGGAGACGAGAUGACAGUGGAUGGACCGGGAGGGAGGCGAUGGAGGAGAGAGUUCGAUGGGAGGCCAAUGAGUCCCGGUGGGAGGCCCCUGGAUUACCGUGGCAGUGAUGGCUGGGGUUACCGAAUCCUCUCGAAAUCACUGGCUGCAGGGGGUUUUGGUGCGGGAGCAGGUCUUCUAGUUGGAGCUGUGAGGGGUCAGCCUGCUCUGCGGUUAGGAUUGUCAGUGGGCACCAAUUUCCUUAUCGCAGCCUCUUGCUUCGGUGCUGCGCAAGAAAUUUCACGGGAGCUUCGAGCUGCUGAACCGGAGAACUUGAUCGAUGCUGCUGUUGGAGGAUUUGCCAGUGGUGCUUUAUUGGGUCACUUCCAUGGGGGACGAGCUAGGACACUUCCUAUGGGUAUAUUGUUUGCUGUUGUUGGCACUGGAUUGCAGCUCGGGGCUGCUGAAUACAAAGAAUACAGAAUCCGCCACUUUCUUAAUACUCUUCCUUCAGAACCAUUGAUAGCUGAUGCCAAUGUUGAAGUCCCAGUUGUGAAAGAGGAGGAAACAACUGAGGAGAGUUCGUGGAAAUUGCCUGACUGGUUUCCCAUUCAAAUGUUGAGUGCUGAACAGGCGGCUAAGCGUGCUGCAGAACAGGAAAAGAAGCGCCAGAAAACAGUGGAGAAUCUACAAAUUGGAGAGUUACCGUUGAAGCAGCAAAAGUCAUAAUAAUCUUACUGUCCAUUUUUUCAAUUAUUAACGUAUUUAAUGCUUGGGAUGAGCUCUCAGUUCGGCAUGACCUGGUUAGACCAGAGAGGACGGAAAGAUCGAACUUGUGAAGAAAUUCGAGGAAGAAUUAGCAUGUUUUAUUGGAUGGAUCAGCAGCACUAUACCGCGCCUGAUCAGAGCUGGUUUUAUCUAUGGAUCUGGCGACAAAUGCUUCCGACUGUCGUGGUUUAGGUCCGGUCACGACGACGAGGUUGUACAUCGUCGACUUCUAGAGUCUUUUACCACGCAGGAAAGCGUGUUGUUCAGCGAUGUGGAGCUGUUGGAACGAAUCGAACGUGGUCCAGAAGUCCAUCUCAAGUUUUACUGAAAGAAAUCAACUUUGGGUUGUUGAAAGAUGCCUUCGUUCUCAGUCCGUUAACAAGGGAAUUGUCGAGCUCACUAAUCGAAUAUUUUACAUGUCACGUAGUUCUACAUUAUACACUGAAUUCAUACAGUGAAGAGAGAACAGAAGCUAAACAUCACUAGAUGGGAAACGUAGCCUAAUUAUAGUCAACGGUGAAUGGGCGUGAGAGCUUGCAGUCAGAAUAGUACACUGUUUCCCAUAUUGAAGUUUAUUAUUCAGUCCACCUUAGAAAGCGCAAAAAUUGAAGGUAUUUCACCUCAUCUGAUGUUUCUUUCUUCACCAGCAAAGGUCCAAUGGAUUGCUUCUGUUAGUUAACCA